UGUCUGUCUCUAAUCGAUUCCCAGAAACGCAUUUCUGAUCUGCGCUCCCAGCGCCUAUAUAAGCCGGCGCCGCCGGCUUCUCUUCCCCCUCCACAGAAAAGUAGAAAACCCUCUCCAAGCUAAAGCUAGCUACCAAUAAUCCAUUAGCCUGAAACGUCCCCACACCCCGCUAGCUGUCCUCUGAAUCCCUCUGACAAUGGCGCAGAAGACCGUGAUCAAGGUGCAGAUGAAGAGCGACAAGUGCCGGUCCAAGGUGAUGGCGCUGGUGGCGGCGUUCGCAGGCGUGCACUCGGUGUCCCUCGCCGGCGACGACAAGGACCAGGUGGUGGUGGUCGGCGACGGCGUCGACCCCGUCAACCUCACCAACGCGCUUCGCAAGAAGGUCGGCCCCGCGGAGCUCGUGCACUUCGGAGACGCCAAGAAGGAGGAGCCGGAGAAGAAGAAGAAUCCCCAAGGCACCACCGUGGUCGAGUACACGCCCUACCCGUGGCAACAUUGCCACCAGUACCCGUCGUCGCAGCCGGCACCGGUCUACGAGUGCCCCGCCUACGGUUACCACCCCCGUCCCGACACCUGCUCCAUACUGUAGAUAUACACCAUGGAGGCCGGGAAAUUUGUUGAGUUUCUUCAGGGUUUAGUUAACUUUGGUAUAGGGGUUGCAAAUUCCAAAACGUGUGAGCUGUGUUGUGCUAAUAGGUAUAUUGAAGUUUCUUAGACUGCUUAUAGUGGGAGUAACUUAGGCAGUAAUAUAAGAUGUCAACUAGGCAUUUUGGUGACA